AUGGUGUAUCAUAAUCUGAAAGCCCUUAUCAAGGGUAUCCGAGCUUGCAAGACUGUGGCAGAUGAGCGGGCACUCAUUCAGCAAGAAUCUGCAGCUAUUCGUGCUUCCUUCAGAGAGGAAGACUCUUUUGCGCGUCACAAUAAUAUCGCGAAACUACUGUACAUCCAUAUGCUGGGAUCUCCAGCACAUUUUGGUCAAAUAGAAUGCCUCAAACUCGUCGCGAGUCCUCGUUUUUCGGACAAGAGGUUGGGCUACCUUGGAAUCAUGCUGCUGCUAGAUGAGAGUCAAGAGGUUCUUACUUUGGUGACCAACUCGUUGAAAAACGACAUGAACCACUCCAAUAUGUACGCGGUCGGGCUUGCGCUUUGUACUUUUGCCAAUAUAGCAUCUGAGGAGAUGUCUCGAGAUUUAGCCAACGAGAUUGAGAAGCUGUUGGGUUCAAGUAAUACAUAUAUUCGGAAGAAGGCAGCUCUAUGUGCACUUCGAGUGAUAAAGAAAGUCCCAGAUUUGGCCGAUCACUUCACAACGAAAGCCAAAAAUCUCCUCACCGAUCGGAACCAUGGCGUCCUUCUGUCAGCUAUCACUCUUGUCACCGAAAUGGUACAGACAGAACCGGCUGUACUGGAUGAAUUCCGCAACGCUGUUCCUCUACUCGUUCGCAAUCUCAAAUCACUCGUUACUACCGGAUACAGCCCUGAGCACGAUGUAUCCGGCAUCACCGAUCCAUUUCUUCAGGUCAAAGUCCUUCGUCUUCUCCGAUUAUUGGGCAAGGGAGAUGCCAGAGCAAGUGAUACUAUGAAUGAUAUCUUGGCUCAAGUCGCUACCAAUACGGAUUCUUCUAAGAAUGUCGGUAACUCAAUUCUGUACGAGACCGUUCUUUGUGUUCUGGAAAUCGAGGCAGACUCGGGUUUGCGUGUAAUGGCAAUCAAUAUCCUCGGGAAGUUCUUAAGCAACAAGGAUAACAAUAUACGAUAUGUUGCUCUUAACACUCUAAACAAGGUCGUAUCAAUCGAUACUAAUGCCGUCCAGCGUCAUCGGAACAUAAUACUAGACUGUCUUCGCGACGGAGAUAUCUCUAUUCGACGAAGAGCCUUGGAACUGUCAUACGCUCUCAUAAAUGAGCAAAAUGUUCGCAUCCUCAUAAGGGAGCUUUUGGCAUUCCUCGAAGUUGCUGAUGACGAGUUCAAAUUGGGCCUGACUACUCAAAUCUGCCUGGCGGCUGAGCGAUUCGCUCCAAACAAGAGAUGGCACAUUGAUACAGUUCUAAGAGUUUUGAGACUGGCUGGUAAUUUUGUUCGAGAAGAAGUUCUCUCCUCGUUCAUCAGACUGGUUGCCCAUACGCCUGAGCUUCAGGCUUACACGGCAUCGAAAUUGUACACCGCGCUCAACUCGGAUAUAUCUCAAGAGUCCCUUACUCUCGCUGCUGCUUGGGUUUUGGGAGAAUAUAGUGAGAUCAUUUUAGAAGGUGGGCUCGUCGAUGAAGAGCAACCCAAAACGAUCACUGAUAAGGAGAUACUUGACCUCCUUCUUUCCAUACUCGACUCCCCAUACGCCAACUACCUUUCUCGUCAAUAUGUACUUGCCUCUAUUACCAAAAUCUCUUCUCGAUCAACCACCAGUACUAAUCAGCAAGACCGCAUAGCAGAGGUUUUGGCACAAUACACUUCAACACCAGAGCUCGAGUUGCAACAGCGUGCGGUCGAGUUUGCCAGUUUGUUCAACUUGGGUCAGUUGAGAGAGGGUGUAUUGGAGCGCAUGCCUCCACCAGAGUUGAAGGCGACCGUGAUGGGAGUCGUAAGUGAAAAUAAACCAGUGGGUUCUAGCUCGGGAGGUGAUCUUCUUGGUAACGACGAGGUUGCAUCCCCGACUACGAAUGGCACCAAUAGUCAAGACCUGCUCGCUGAUAUAUUCGGGUCUUCUGGCGCUACAUCCGCUCCAACUCCUGGUCCCUCCGCUGGCGCAGCAAACCCUCCACCGAAAUCCCAACAAUCUACUAUCGAUGAUAUCCUCGGUUUAUUCGGUAAUACUCCUUCCACCACACUAGCCACAACUGCAACUCCGCCUCCUGGUUUCAUGGCAUCAUCAUCCCCGGCGCCGCAAAUAACAUCGAACUCCCUCUCCGCCUUUUCCAUUCCUACUUCCCAGUCUCCCGUGCCUGUCCAUACACCUGCACCUGCUGCGCCUGCGCCCCCCGCGGCGUCGCGUCUUACGUCAUACACUGCAUAUGAAAAGAACUCCCUCAAGAUAACGCUAACGCCUCAAACUUCCCCCGCUAAGCCUGGUGUUGUCAUGAUAUUAGCUAGAUUUCAAGUAGUUGGCGCAGCGCCUGCUACUGGACUUACGUUCCAAGCAGCAGUGCCGAAGUCACAGCAGCUGCAAAUGCUUCCAAUGUCUAAUCCCAAUGUGGGUCCAGGAUCUGUGGAAACUCAGCAAAUGAGAGUCAUUGCACCAGUGGGAAGCGCUGUGCGUCUGCGUCUACGUAUAGCGUACGCCAUAAACGGGCAGGAUGUUCAGGAUCAGGUUGACUUUUCAGGGUUCCCACCAGGCUUGACAGGAGGGGCAUAG